CAGUCAAUGCAGGGAAAGCAGCUACAUCUUUCCUAAUCUCUAAAUGCAGAAUCCAGUGUGUAGACUAACCUCUGUGCUGCCAUGCAUGCGCACAAACACCCGCAAAGCACUCCUGGUAACCAAAUGAAGUUGUCAAGUUGGGGUUUCCUUGGUUUUAGUGAGAGCUGAUGACACGAUGGAAACUGCUAAUGUUGCAGAAGAUUCACUGGUUAUCUCCACUGCAAAAAUACAGCGUUGAACUAAGAUUUAAGAUCAAAGUUCUUAUUUCUGUUGAUAGAUAUGACCGCACUGAUGUCAAUAUGGAUGUUAUAUGAUGAUCCAUUGUAAAAUAAGGAGUGUUGUCAGCGCUGGUGCAGAAGUGAAGACAGACUACUAUGUGCCAUCUGGAUCCUGCCAAGUGCAUCUUUGUGGUCUGCCUGGGACUAAGUAUUAUGGUGUGUUCACUUAUUUAUCUGAGCGCUGAUGUGCCAACCGAGCUCAAGCCCAAACAAGAGUGCAGACCCUUUGCCCCUCAGUGUAAACCUUUUCUGCUUGGCUACAACAGUGGACUGAGGUGGCACCGUCACAACUGCCAGGUGGAGCAAUACAUCACAAACUACACUCUGGAUUGCCCCAAACUCAUCACGGACCUCAGCUUCAUCACUGUCCCCCUGAGUAAAGAGGAGGAGGAUUACCCUUUGGCGUUCAUUCUGACCAUCCACAAAGAACUAGAGCUGUUUAUCCGAUUGCUAAGGGCUAUAUACAUGCCUCAAAAUGUCUACUGCAUUCACGUGGACGCCAAAGCCCCUCUGGAAUACAAAGCUGUCAUCUACAAACUGGCGAGCUGCUUUGACAACGUUUUUGUGGUCAGACGAACCGAAGUUGUCACCUACGCUGGCUACUCCCGUCUGCAGGCCGAUUUGAAUUGCAUGGAAGAGCUUGUACAAUCCAAGAUCCGUUGGAAAAAAGUACUAAAUCUUUGCGGGCAAGAUUUCCCCAUCAUGACCAACCUGGAGCUGGUGCGCUACAUGCAAAGCAAAGAAUGGAAAGAUAAAAAUAUGACUCCAGGCAUCAAGCAACCAGCGAAGUUUAGUUCUCGGACCAGGAUGCAACAUAUCGAGAUGGUGGGGAACUAUGUGAGGAGGUCAGGAAAAACAAAAGAUCCUCCUCCUCACAGAAUACAAGUGUACUUUGGUACGGCCUACUAUGCGCUCACGAGGGAGUUCGUGAAUUUUGUUCUGACGAGUCGAGUGGCCCGGGAAUUGCUGAUGUGGUCCCGAGAUACUUACAGUCCAGAUGAGCACUUCUGGGUAACGCUGAACCAUAUCAAAGAAGCUCCAGGUAGCUACCUGACAGGAGGCUGGGGAGGAAGCAUUCGUGCCAUUAAGUGGUCUGAUCAAGAGGGAACAACGCAUAAUGGGUGUAAAGGACACUAUGUUCGGGACAUCUGUGUCUAUGGAACUGAGGACCUGCCCUGGAUUUUUCAGAGCACUGCCAUGUUUGCUAAUAAAUUUGAGAGUGGCAUGUUCCCCGAAGCACUAGACUGUCUGGAGAUGUGGCACCGAAUCAAAGUCCUCAAACAGGCAACUGUGUCUAUAGAUCCAACAUGGUUACUCGCGAUACCACACAGCAACAGCACUGAGAUGUGAAAUUACUGCUAAUUGAGUCAUAAAGACUUGCACUUUUAGCUGUGAAUAUGAUUAUUUCAAUGUGUUAAAAAAAUGAAGGGAAAAGCAGCUGCGAUAAAGCACAGCUGCUUCGGUUUACAGACUAAUGAUUUUCUUAUUUUUAUUUCUUAAAUGCUACUUAAAUAAGAUUUUUAUAAAAUAAAAUACUUUACAUUAAAGGACUAAAGGAAUUUGUUUUAUAUAAUCUUAUUAUGUGAUGCAGCACACUGGUAAUGGCUAUUUUAGCUAUAUGCAUAAUUUGUAGAUUGCAAUUGUCAGACCACAGUAUCCAACUUUUUAGCCAGAAAAGACUAAAAUAAAAGCAUGUUUUAGUUUCUUCUUUUAUCAUUUAGGUUGUCUUUAUUGCACAAAAAAAACAC